AUGAGAAGGCAAAAGAACAACAACUCUUUGGAACGAAAUUCAUCAAGUUCAGAAUUUGCCUGUCUCUCCGACAUUUCCGAGUAUGAGGUUACUCAAAUGUUGAUGAAUCAACAGAAAGAAACAAAAAGAAGAGGGCGGCCGAAAAAGAAACCUUCUUCGUUGGACCUCUUUCCGAUAGAAAAUUGUAUGGGAAGGGAUUGGAAAUGUAAUGUUCGAGUCAAUAAUGAAAAUAUUCAUGAUGAAGAAGUGAACAACAAGGGUCGUGUUGAUAAUACGAAUCCGAGCUCUUUAAAUGAAACAUCGUCGACCGAACACCAACACAAUCAUCAUUCUCUCAAAUUAUUUCGCUUGCUAAGCUAUAACAUGCUAUGCCAAGAUUAUUCAAGAAAACAGUACUGUCCACACUUACCCGACACCUCUGAAAUAUUGUAUUGGGUUAAUAGAAAAAUUAGACUUUGGGCAGAAUUUAUUUGCUAUGACGCUGAUAUCAUUUGUUUGCAAGAAUGUGAUAAAUACGCAACUCAUUGGAAAGACAAAUUCUUCAAUGCUGGAUAUGCUUCUUCGUAUACUCAGAGAACAGCAUUUAAACCUGAUGGCUGUGCAACAUUUUGGAAAUUACAGAAAUUUGAAUUAUUGGAUGAAUUUUCAAUUAUCUUGAAUGAGGUUGGGCAAGAAGUUCAAAGAAUUUCAGAAAUUGAUGUAAAUGAACGAUCCGAUUUGAACGGAAACGUAGUGACCAGCACCAAUUUAAUUUCCAAGUUUAUCACUAACAAUGUUGCCAAUGUUGUAUUGCUGAGGCAUCUUGAAUCUGGUCAAGUUGUUUGUGUGGUUAAUUUGCACUUGUUUUGGGAUCCAUCAUACCCUGAAGUGAAACUUUGUCAAGCUCAGUAUGUGCUGAUGAAAACUUUUACGUUUCUACGACAGAUUCAUGACGAUCUUGAUUCCUCCGUUACGGUUUUACUUUGUGGAGACUACAAUUCAACACCAGAUAGUGAGGUCUAUGACUUGCUUUCAAAAGGAGAAGCAUUUAUACCGGGAAGUUUUAUUCCUUUUAUACCGAAUGGAGAAUUCUCAAAGUAUGUCUCAAUUUGUGAAAUGAGUGAACCUUCAAUAGAAACAUCCUCUGAAGUAGACACGCCGUCACCAUCAUUAAGGUUUCGCCAAAAAUUAACAAAUCCUCUUUCGUCAUCAGGAGGAUUUUCACUCUAUAAGAAAGUAAUUGGUGAAGAACCUCCAUUUACAAACUAUACCAAGAACUACAAGGGCUGUCUAGAUUAUGUUUUUCAGUUUGACCAUGUGUUUAACAACGAUUUUCAUGUCGAGUCUCCAACACAUGUCUCUGUGUGUAAAGCUCUUGAAAUGAUUUCACAGGAACGAGCCUCAGAAUAUGAAGCUCUCCCAUCAGAUAUGUUUCCAUCAGAUCAUGUUGCCUUGUGUUUUGACAUUUCCUUAUUGCAAUACUCUACACAGUAA